AUGGACCAGCAAACACAACCAGAACCACGAAAACAACGGACCAGCAUCGACGAGCUCCUCGACCAACUCCAGCUGACCAUCCACUGUCUGGACGACUCCGUACCCACGGCAACAGAAAACGACAUCGUAGCACUCACACUCAGCCACUCGACAAACCAGCUGCCCCCGCAGACAGACAGACUGGCCGAGCACCUCCAGCUCAUCCUCAGCAGCCUCUUCCCCGAAGGACAGCAGGAACGAGCCUACCAGAACAUCAGACGAGGCCCACACGGAAUACAGGCACUCACCAGCUACCUCCAAACAGUCAGAACUCACCAUGCCUGGCAAGACUCACUCGACCAGCAGAUCCUCGAACCCCAUCUCAAGAGAAUCCUCACCCUCGUUGUCGAACGCUGCACACGGCCCCAGACUGGGAACCCUGUCUCGAUCGACACCAAUCCCAAUCUGCCGAUAGCAGACGAGCAGCACUCGAUCGGAGUCACCGACCCUAAUCCACUCAACUAUCUGAUCGAACAGCUCGAGAAUCAAGACAAUCACCAACCGUCACCACCGUCACAGAGUACGGCUAGCAAGAAGAGGAACUCGACCACCGUCGCACACAAGCUACAGGUGAUCGACCACCAUAACAAGACCAAGUCGACCCAGAAACAGACCGCGAAGAGGUUCGGCCUCACCCAGAGUCAGCUCAGUAGAUGGCUCAAGGAAGAGGAGGAGCUUCGUGAAUAUCUUCUGGAUAAAGGAUCUUCCAGUAAGCGCCAACGAACCGGCGACUUCCCACAGAUCGAAGAAACCCUCCUGCGAUACUACAUCGAAGCCAGGGCGCGAAACUGUCUACCCCCGGAUGAGCUCCUCAAGGAACGCACAAAGUCGUUUAUGAAACUCUACCAGAUCCCCGAGAACUUACUCAAGGUCUCAAACGGAUGGCUGCUCAGGUUCAAGGCCAGGAAUAACAUCAAGAGUUAUCAGCUCCCCCCUCCCCAUCCAGCACACUUAGGCCUAGACACUAGCCUCGACUCGGUCCGGGAGAAAUUGAGAAACCUCACUAACUCAUAUGCCCUACAGGAUAUCUACACUCUUGGCGAAGUCGAGUUGUUCUGCAAUCUUGGUGCCCUGACAGGCUCGUUAGAUGUUGAUCCAUCCCAAAGACUCCGACUUACUUACUUGCUAUGCACAAAUGCCGAUGGGAGUGACAAACGAACCCCACUGGUCAUCGGGCGCACUCUCGAGCCAGACACCUUCCAGGCCCCGCAGGGGGAGAAGCCAUACUGGUAUCGAUACUCAGCCCGGGGCCGGAGCUCGUCGCCGAUUUUUUCCGAGUGGAUCAGAAAGUUCGAUCGAGAGAUGCAGCGCCAAGAGCGGAAGGUGUUCCUGAUGUUCGACAACACGCGAGGCCAUCUCUGUGAGCUGGAAUCGAUUGCGAGCACGGCCUUGCUUCCACUGCCUGAGUCGACGCUCAGAUAUGUCCAGCCGCUCCUGGCGGGCAUCAUCCGCACCUUCAAGUCAAACUACCGCCGGAAUCUGCUCGAGAGCCACAUGGAGCUGAGCCAGCAAGAGAUCGGCCAAGUUUGGGCACCAAAGAAACACGAGCAACGACUGGCGCUCGAAUGUGCCCACUCCGCAUGGGACCAAGUCACCCCCACGACAAUCCGCAACUGCUUCGGCCAUUCUGGCAUCAUCUCGCCCCGUUUAGAUGAUGGCUUCACCACCGCCCUCGACCAGAUCCAUUCCUCUCAGUUUGCCUCCGACCUUGACAUGGAGAAAUCCCUGAUGGCCACCCAAUCUGCUCUCAUCCAACUCCAAAGAGACCUCAAGCUACCCGAAUCUUCCCAGCUGAGUAUCGAGGAAUUCCUGGAACUCGAAUCCCAUCUCGAUCUGAACUACCCGCAAGUCCCGCAAGUAGUAGAGGAUAGUCAAGCGUCUGGCACGUCGACAGAGCUGACCGAUGAAGAACUUGUCCAAGAGUCCAAGUUCCUUGCAAGCCAGCUCUUGGAAGAAGCUCGGUAUCGGAAACGGGAAGAGAAUCAUGAGCCAAAUGGAGCCGACGACGGCGUGCCUGUUUUUGAUCCCUCUUCCCUGACGUCGAUCGAGUCUAAUACGACGUCCAAGGAGCUCAGCAAAACAAACACCAGACGGGCGAUCAAGCCGCGCCCGAAACGGAAGCCCGCUUCCAAGUCGGUGUCGUCUCCGCCGAGUGUCGGGGCGGUAGCAGUGGACGACAAGACCCAGCCGGAGACCCCCAACGGCCUCCUGUCGUCCGCCGAUCUCCAGAAUCAGCUUCCUGUUCACCUCCAGCAAUCCUCUUCGCCCUCCGUACCCGCUCCGUCUCUAGUCCCACUGUCCGUCCAAGAAAUGAUCCACGUACUCGGCCGUCUGGAGUACUCUCUCCCCUUCUAUCUCUCCCCUAACAACUCGUCCUCCUCACUCGUCCCUCCCCUCUAUCAGCCAAACUCGGCGCCUUUCAUGCCUGUUGAUACCCCCCAGACGGACUUCGGACUCGCCGAGAAACAGCACUUGGACCGGCUGCUCGGCUUGGCGCUCAACCUGCCCGACCAGCCGCUGCCCGCACACGCGUCCCAAGUAUCGGCCACUCGGCCUGCCCAAAGUGGCCAGCCAGCCGACCAGUCUUCUCACCACACACCAGCGACUCAUCAUGGUAUCUCAAACGGAGGAGAACACCAAGGUGACCUCGUCGUUGGUCGAGCAGCCGAUGGGCUGCGGGGAUCGGAAGGCCCACAAGAGACGAACACCACCACCACGCGCCUGUUCGACCUCGACUCGAGCAUCCUUCUCAGCCACCUCGAGUCCACGCUCACCCGCAACGCCUUCCAUCUCGCCCCCUCUUCCUCUUCCGCGCCGCCUCCCUCUGGCUCAGGCUCUGGAGCCGAGCCCGAUCGGGGACGGGACAUGCAUGCGCAUCUGGACCAGGAUCUCGGGCUCAGUCGGGCGGCGCGGGAUGCGAAUAAUCCGCACGAGAAUGCGGAUCCGGUCACUCGGGACGGUGGUCAGUCGAGUACACAUGGCCUUCUGGAUCCACGGACCGCUGAGAACCCGGAUCCGGGCUCCGGGUCCGGGACUCGCAAGAGUCGCGCGGGGGACUUGCGGGUCCAGUUGGGGUUUAUCGCCAGCCUGAAGGCCCACCUGUCUGGGCUGUUAACCACUCCGAAUACUCUUUCUUCUUGA